AUGGCGGGCGUCUCCACCACGUCCUCCUCCGGGAUCACCGCUGGCAACGAGACAACAGGGACAUGUCUCAGACAGGACCAUGUCCCAGGUGUGUGUUGUCCUGUCCUAACUUUAGACAGGAUCAUGUCCCAGGCUGCCUCGCUCGGCCUCCUGCACUUCCCUGUCCUCAACGCGUCGGUGGACGACGGCUGCCAGAACAUCACCUACAAGGUUUGUUUGUUUCAGGUGAGUCUUUCUGAGCGUAGCCGGUCAGAGCUUCAGUCUCUAUUGGACAAACUGAAGACAGCCGUCUCAGGACUGCAGUGUGAGGUGGAGGACAGCGUCCUGUCUCACCCCGUCCUCCAGGAGGAACUCAACAACCCAAAGAACGGGGACUCCGCCCACAAACACCUCAAGCAGCAGUCCUCCAUCUUAGGUCAUCUGGAGGCGCUGGGGCUGCUGGGAAGGGGGCGGUGCUUCGUGGAGUUUGGAGCCGGCCGAGGGAAACUGUCUCACUGGAUCCACGAAGCCCUGAAGACCCGAGAGACCCCAGAGACCCCGGAGGAUCUGCAGCUGCUGCUGGUGGAGCGCUGCAGCACUCGCUUCAAGGUGGACGGGAAACAUCAGGACGUUGGAGUUGAGUUUGAGAGGCUGCAGGUGGACAUUCAACAUCUGGAUCUGAGUAAAGUGCCGCUGCUCCGACAGAAGAAGCUGCCGCUGGUCGGGGUUGGGAAGCACCUGUGUGGAGCAGCAACAGAUCUGGCUCUGCGAUGUCUGAUGCAGACUCCCCGACCGAGAGAUCAGACAGAUCCGCCCCCCAAACGCCUCAGGACCUCAGAACCAGACCCUGUCCCCCUCGUGGAUGUUGCCGCGGCGCCCGGUCCAGUCGUGGGCGUUGCCGUGGCGCCCGGUCCAGUCGUGGGCGUUGCCGUGGCGCUGUGCUGCCACCACCGCUGCGAGUGGCGCCACUACGUGGGCCAGCGGUUCUUCCUGCAGCUCGGACUCGGACCCCGAGAGUUUGCGGCGUUCUGCCGCAUGUCCAGCUGGGCCACCUGUGGACUCAGACCGGCCAAUCAGGACGCUCCCCCAGGGCAGCAUCCCACCAAUCAGAGAGGAGAAGAAGAACACGAGCCGGCGGAGGAGACGGACGCCGUGAGCGGGUAA